AUGGCCACGGUGGCCUCACAGGGUGUCACCUUCCCCCGGGCGACAGCCGGCCUCGUCGGAUCUGGCAAGGGACAAGGUGCAUUCAUUUCUCUCAUCUUCACAAAAUUUGUCCAAGAAGACGUGGCAUCUUUCCCAAGGGCAGAAAACAAACCGAGUCAGUCCAAGUAUGAUGUUUUCCUGAGUUUCAGAGGUGAGGAUACCCGGAAAAACUUUGUUGACCAUCUGCACGAUGCUUUGAGGCGACGAGGAAUCACGGCCUUUAAAGAUGAUCACGACCGAGAUCUACCAAGGGGAAAACAUAUUAAACCAGAAAUAUUGGGGGCAAUAGAGAAGUUAAGAUAUGUAUUUGUGAUCUUUUCUGAAAACUAUGCCUCUUCUACUUGGUGCUUGGAAGAAGUUGCUAAGGCUGUGGAGUGCAAGGAUAUCGAUGAAGGAGCAGUGAUACCAAUCUUCUACAAGGUCAAUCCAUCUAACGUACGGAAACUGAGCGGAAACUUUGGGAGAGACUUUGCUAAAAUUGAGGAAACCUAUACGUGUGACAAGGGAGAUAUAAAGAGGUGGAAGGAUGCACUCAGAAAAGUAGCUGAUCUCGCCGGAAGAGAAUUGAAAGAUGGAUAUGAGACAAAGUUUAUUCAGCAAAUCAUUGGAGAAAUCGAAAAUAAACUAUGUCCUCGGCUGUCCUAUGUUGUAGGCAACCUUGUGGGAAUGUAUUCCCAUGUUGCAGAUGUAGUUGAACAUUUAUGCUUGGGCGAGAGUGAUGUACACAGUAUUGGCAUAUGGGGUAUGGGUGGCAUAGGCAAAACAACCGUCGCACGAGCAGUUUAUGACAAAAUCUGUGGCAAAUUUAAAGAUGGCUGUAGUUUUCUCGCCAAUGUCCGAGAAAUUUCAGAAAAGAAUGAUCUGGUGUAUCUACAAAACCAGUUUCUUCUUGUUCUUGUUGAUGUGGAUGAAAAGGAGCAGUUGGAAAAAUUAGCAGGAGCUCUUGAUUGGUUUGGACGUGGAAGUAGGAUCAUUAUAACAACCAAAGAUCAACAUUUGCUUCUCCAACAUGGAGUAAAUGCCAUAUAUAAAGUGGAAGAAUUAUCCAUUGAUGAAGCUCGCGAACUACUUUGUUUGAAAGCUUUUAGAAGUAACCAUCCUCCAGCAGGGUUUGAGAAGCUCAUGGAGCUGGUUAUUGGAUACGCUGACGGCCUUCCUCUAGCACUUGAUGUUUUAGGUUCCUUUUUGGCUAGUAGAAGCUCGAGGCAAUGGAAGAGUGAACUGGACAGACUUAAAGAAUGUCCAGAAGGGAAAAUUAUUGACCUGCUUAGGUUAAGUUAUGAUGGACUACAGCAGAAAGAGAAGGAGAUUUUCCUAGAUAUUGCCUGUUUCUUCAAGGGAAAGGAGAAAACUUACGUUACAGAAGUUCUGGACAAUUGCGGCUUCUACCCAGAUAUUGGAAUGGAAGUCCUUCUUCAUAGAUCUCUUAUCAAAAUCAGGGACAACAAACUGUGGAUGCAUGAUUUGCUACAAGAGAUGGCUUGGGAAAUUGUUCAUCAAUACAUGCUUGUUUAUCAGGGAACAGGAAAAGUCAAAGGCAUAGUCUUACAAUCUGGUGACUGGAGAACAGUGUGCUUGAACGGAGAGUCAUUCACAAACAUGACAAACUUAAGAUUGCUUGAUGUUCGUGCCAUCCACCUCUCUUCUGGGGUUAAGCACCUUUCAAAUGAACUAUGCCUGCUAAUAUGGGACAAAUGCAAUCUUGAACCAUUUCCUCCAGGUUUUAUUCCGAAGAAUCUUCUCAAACUCAAUUUGCGGGAUAGCCUCCUUCGCAGGCUCUGGAGAGGGGAAAAGGUCUUAGAGAAGUUAAAAGUCAUCAACCUCGAUGGUUCCCAAUUAUUCGUGGAGACUCCAAACUUCAUAAAUGUCCCAAAUCUAGAGAGGCUAAUUCUGAAAGGUUGCAAAGCACUAUCUCAGGUUCGUCCUUCAAUUGGAAUGCUAAAAACACUCAGUGUACUUGACUUAGGUGACUGUGAAAACCUCACAAGACUUCCAGAUAGUGUAGGUAAUCUAAAAUCUCUCAAAGUUCUUAAUCUGUCUGGAUGUUCAAAUCUUGAAGAGCUGCCUGAGAGCAUGGGGGGCUUAGAUUGCUUAGAGGAGCUUGAUAUUAGUGAAAGUGCCAGUACACAUCUCCCAUCCAGCUUGACAUUCUUAAAAAAUCUAAAAAAAUUUCGCUUUCAUGUUAGUAAAGGAAGGCCACAAAACUUUUGGAGGACGCUGACUCGUAUGCUGAGAAGCACUCUAAACUCUAGUGGUCCGCGGUUGCCUUCAUUUUCAGGGCUAUCCUCUUUGACAGAGUUGGAUCUGAGUGGCUGCAGUCUUUUGGACGGAGAAAUUCCCAGUGAUAUUGGCUGCUUACCCUCCUUGAGGUUUUUAUACCUAGCCGAAACAGUUUUACCACCAUACCUGCAAGCAUCAACCAUAUCUCCAGUCUGGAAUUUUUCAUAUGCUAUGUCAAAACACAUUGAUGUUUCACUUACGAUCACCAACCCUGUUUUAAAGGUGGAAAAAUGCGCUGUUCAUCUGGUUUACGAGCAGGAUCCAACAGAUUUUGAUGAUUUUCUAGUCAGGUGGUCUAGCUCAUCGCCCAGGGAUUUGGAUAGCAUCUACCAUGAGUUCCGACAACCAAGGAAGGGCUAUAGGAUCUUAGAAGCUUCCUAUCCACCUUACUAUUCUUGGAACCUUUACAAAAUACAUGAAGAUGUAGUGAGCUGCGGGAUGCUAGUCUUAGAGAAGUUAAAAGUCAUAAAGCUCGAUGAUUCCAAAUUACUCUUUGAGAAUCCAAACUUCACAAAUUUCCCAAAUCUAGAGAGGCUAAUUCUCAAAGGUUGCAAAGCACUAUCUCAGGGUCAUCCUUCAAUUGGAAUAUUAGAAAGACUCAAUCUACUUGACUUGGGUGACUCUGAAAAUCUCACUGGACUUCCAGAUAGCAUAGGUAAUCUAAAAUCUGUCAAAGUUCUCAAUCUGUCUGGAUGUUCAAAUCUUGAAGAACUGCCUGAGAGCAUCGGGGGCUGA